GAGCAGGCGCGGCGGCGGCGGCCGCCAUUGCGCGCGGGGGCCGCGGGACUAUGAAGGAUGGAAGCGGACGAGGUGACGAUCCGCGAGCAGAACUUCCACAGCCAAGUGCGGGAGUACACGAUUUGUUUUCUCCUAUUUGCUGUUCUCUACAUAGUUUCCUACUUCAUAAUCACAAGAUACAAAAGGAAAGCAGAUGAGCAAGAGGAUGAAGAUGCCAUCGUUAACAGAAUAUCGCUGUUCUUGAGCACCUUCACUCUAGCAGUUUCAGCUGGUGCAGUCCUGCUUCUACCUUUCUCAAUAAUCAGCAAUGAGAUCCUGCUUUCUUUUCCGCAAAACUACUAUAUUCAGUGGUUAAAUGGCUCACUAAUUCAUGGUUUAUGGAAUCUUGCUUCUCUUUUUUCGAAUUUAUGUUUGUUUGUGUUGAUGCCCUUUGCUUUUUUCUUCCUGGAAUCGGAAGGAUUUGCUGGUUUAAAAAAGGGCAUCAGAGCACGAAUUUUGGAAACCCUUGUAAUGCUUAUUCUUCUUGCACUGCUUAUCCUUGGCAUUGUAUGGGUGGCUUCAGCACUCAUAGACAAUGAUGCUGCCAGUAUGGAGUCUCUGUAUGACCUCUGGGAAUUCUACCUCCCGUAUUUAUAUUCCUGUAUAUCACUGAUGGGAUGCUUGUUACUUCUGUUGUGCACGCCAGUGGGACUUUCACGGAUGUUUACAGUAAUGGGUCAGUUACUGGUGAAGCCAACAAUCCUUGAAGAUCUAGAUGAGCAGAUGUACAUCAUCACUUUAGAGGAAGAAGCAAUUCAGAGGAGGCUUAAUGGUGUAUCUUCCAUGGUGGAACAGCAGGCAGUAGAGUUAGAACGGGAGCUUGAAAAAGUGAAAAGCAAGAAAACAAAUCUAGAACGGCGGAAAAAAGCUUCUGCUUGGGAAAGGAAUUUAGUCUAUCCAGCUGUUAUGAUAUUGCUACUGAUCGAGACAUCCAUCUCAGUCCUCUUAGUUGCUCUCAACAUUCUUUACCUGUUGGUUGAUGAGACUGCAAUGCCAAAGGGAUCUGGGGGGCCUGGAAUAGGAAAUGCCUCCCUCUCCACCUUUGGUUUUGUGGGAGCAGCACUUGAAAUCAUCUUGAUUUUCUAUCUCAUGGUGUCCUCUGUCGUCGGCUUCUACAGUCUUCGGUUUUUUGAGAAUUUCACUCCCAGGAAGGAUGACACAACUAUGACAAAGAUCAUUGGAAACUGUGUCUCAAUCUUGGUGCUAAGCUCUGCGUUGCCAGUGAUGUCAAGGACACUGGGAAUCACCAGAUUUGAUCUUCUUGGAGACUUCGGAAGGUUUAACUGGCUGGGAAACUUCUAUAUCGUAUUAUCCUACAACUUGCUCUUCGCCAUCGUGACGACGUUGUGUCUGGUCAGAAAGUUCACUUCCGCCGUGCGAGAAGAGCUCCUGAAGGCAUUGGGAUUAGAUAAACUUCAUCUGUCGAACAAUCCAAGAGACUCGGAGACAAAGCCGUCUGCAAACGGGCAUCAGAAAACACUGUGAUUAACAAUCACCUCCAAUCAACAGAGCUGAGAACAUCAACCUCAUGGCAUUCCUGUCAUCUCGUUUUUAUAAUGAUUUUUAUUUGUUGAUAAUUUGGGUCCAACCUUGUCUCAUUUUUUGAUGCUGUGUGCUUCGGAGGAAGUUAGGUAUAUCCCAUUGUUCUCUUUCCAGUGAACUUUUGGUCUGCUUGUUUGUUUCCCAGUGUGUUCAUGCAGGAGGUGCCUUGAAGCCUGGAAGCUGAGGAGAAUAAUGCAUUCCUUUUUAUUUGUUGACGGUCUCACAUCUUCAGAUCUACACCUGCUCCCGUUUGAACGCACAGUACCUCCUGUGUCACAGCCACAGCGACACACAACAACUUUGGGACUUGGUUAAAAAAAAAGAUACACUUGAAGCCCUAUAUGACCCUUACUGGAAACGUAAACUACCUGGAGUAGGUGUCCUUGGUGGUAGAUAACCAGUUCCACGGGGACUGUGUUAAAAA